AUGCUCCGAGAACUCGCACUGAGUCAGAAGCUGCUUCUGCCAGGGCAGCAGCCCCCGGCGAUCGAGGAUGAAAAUGUCGAGAUUGCUGCCAGUUCCAAACUGAAGUACAGUUUUCUCGGACUACAUGUUUGCAAGCAAGGCCUCUCCAUCCUGCUUGGUGUAGGCUGGAAUCCCCGCCUCAGCACUAUCCUGAAAAGUGUUUUGGAGGGUCGACGCUCUGCCCCUGUCGACAGACGGUUUAUGGAACGCCCUAUGCACGAUGCUAGGCCCGUCUAUUCGGAGGUAGUUUCCCAUCUUCAGACACUGUACGAAUCGGUGGCCGAGACCCUGCCUUUUGAACAGCCUGGAGAAGACGAGGAGGAACCAGACGAGUACGACGCCCGCCCCGCAUCGGGGCCCGAGUUGAGGUAUUUACCGCCUGGUUCGGUUUACGAUUUAUGGCGGCAGUACCAGGCUACUUCAAAGCCUGGUUGCAGCUGGCAAUGUUUCCACAGCGCCUGGAAAGAGUUCAAACACAAACUGACGUUCCGUAACAAGUACACGUUCGGGAUUUGUCCUACAUGUGUCAAGCAUAAAUUGAUGCUCCGCCAACUUGGUCAUGAUGCAGUGGGUCGUCUUCGACAACGGGCCUUGUAUGAUAGACACCUAGCCAGCCAAUUUGCAGACAGAAAAGCCUAUUGGACGAUGAGAGCAAGCAGCAGGGUGCACUUGAAAACAAUAACCUUGAUCGUUGACGCCAUCGAUCAGGCCAAGUUUGCAACCCCUCGCUCGCCUGUCUUCUCUGACCACCUCUUUCAACAGUUUGCCAGACCGAGACUCCAUGUAUAUGGUAUUCUUGUUCACGGUUUCGCAGCCUACCUUGCUGUCAUGGACGCAGACGUCUCCAAAGGAGGAUCGACCACCACAGAUCUGUUGUACUUUGUUCUGGCUCGUCUCAAAAAACGUGGCUUGGCAUUGGAAGAGUUUGAGGUGAACCUUCAGUUGGACAACACUGCAUCGUCCAACAAGAAUAACACGAUGCUCGCAGCCGCAGCCUCACUGACCUUUUUCGGUUUGGCAAAAGUGGUACGCCUCACGUUCCUACGUGUGGGACACACGCACGAGGACAUAGAUCAAUGGCUGGGAGAAUUGGCAAGCUUCAUCCGCCGCAAGGUCCCCAUCUGCGAGACGCCCGAUUGCCUCAUCCGUGUGCUGAACAGCGAGUUCAUGCCGAGGACACGGUGCAAACAGUGGAUGGCCGACUCUGCCUACAGCUGUCGCUUGGUCUACAUGACAAAGGAAGACAUGCAGAAGCUGCCAGGGCCAAUCCCUGCGGGAUUCCUGCCUCGACGCCCUGCCCCGCAGAAGUACGUCAAGAUGAUCCACGGCUUGGCCUCGGCAAUUACGACCCCUCCGUUCAGCUUGACUCGUGCUGCUGCUUAUCUUCGGGGGUGGGUGGAUGGCACCGCAACCAAGAUUCAGCCUCUCGACUGCCUGGAGCUGAAAUCUUCAACUGCAGCGGCUUCGAGUGCCAGGCCCGCGGCUGCAGGUGUCGCAAUGUCCUUGGAGCCUCAGCAGUCAGAGGUUCGUGUCACCAGCGGCAAUGAAGCACAGCCGGAGCAGCCAGGCAGCAUGAAGAUGAUGGUCAUCAAUGAGAUGGCUUCUGCUCUGCACAACAAUGGCUCGACGUGGCUCCAUGCUAUCCGCGAGUCCUACCGGAUGUUUGAGCAGCUGCCGCUCCAGCUGCAAGCAAAGCUGAGCUCCCAAGCGGUGAUGUGCGAUUCGGAGAAGGACGAUGCCGAUGUGCCUCUCGAAGCACAGAAGGCUUCCCGCAAAGGUUCCUCCAACGAUUUGGACGUGGAAGCCCAGGCUGCCAGAGCGGCAGCGGCGGCCAAAUCCAUUCCGUGGUGGUCCCAGGCCCUGGAGCUCCUGGAGAAGAUCCUCGGCGACACCGGAGCAUCGGAGUAUUUCGUGAAGAAGUACUCCAGUGUUGAUGAUCGUCGCGAGUUUGCUCAGAGCAUCAAAGCAGCAUUCCCUCUCCCUGAUAAUGAGCCUUUGUCACAAGGCAACUACAGUCCGGGAUUGCAGACGCUGCAGGCUUGGCAGACCUGUUUCCACAUUCAGGCAGGGAACAAGGGCCUCAUCGCGAAUGAAGUGUUCACGACUUUGGUGCAGCUUAUCCUCUUGGAGGGUUUCAAGUCGGAUGCCGCCACCGUGCCGGGCACCGAGUACCUCGUGAUACAGCCUCUGGUUCCCGUGUAUUUUGAGACCGUUUGGGAGACGCCAGAGCUCGUGCGGGGCAGCUUUGGAGCUCACAGUGUGGGUUUCGUUAAGGGGUGGACCAGAUGCCUGGCACUCACUACGGCACUGCACAUCAUCCUGGAGCUGGAGCUGGUGGACUACUACCGCGAGCACAUGCCCUGGCAGUUCCGGUCCUUCUGCAUCCUGAAGGCCAUGGUCCCAGCCAACGCCGGCAGUGAAGUGGAGCGGAUCGCGGCCAACAACAUGACGAUGGCUUCGGUGAUGACCAGGGCACCGCCGAAUGCCUUCAACACAUAUCACCAGCUGCUGAGGAGGCUAAAGCACGGGGAGAGUGUGGAAACGAUCGUGAAAGCAUAUGAGAACCCACGUUCGGUGAAAGCCGUUCUGGGAAUGGGACCAUCGGAGUCGCAGGCAGUAGUGAAUCUAGUUCACUUUCUGCCAACACCCGCCAGGGAGGUAUUGGCGAGGGCCGCAGUUGAGUACGGGAUGCGAAAGGGCGUUUUGACCCAUGCAGCCCUGGGAUGCCUGCAUAUGCGACCGGGCCAUAGCCCGGAACUGCCACUUGCACAGUGGAAGGACCGGAUGGCCUACACCCAAUCCUCCAUUCUGCUCUCUUGUCAGCGGUUGGUUGCUGAGUUUUCGGCUACGAUUCCUGCUAUGCGAAAAACCAAUGGCAUACAGGAGGUGCAACGCAUGUCGAAGCUGUGCCGGGCCUGGGAGAUCGUCAUCGCCGAGCUCCGGUCCAAGCUUGCCUCAGACCAGUUCUCUAAGGCCAAGGACACGCUGCAGCAAGGCUUCAUGGAUGGGUGCUUUGAUGACUACUUGCUGCAGAUUAUCGAGGAAUGCCCCGCCAUGAUCAACCUCCACGAGAUCCCCCAAAUCAAGGCACUGCUGGAUCAGCACGCCGACGACAUCGAGAAGGCUGCCAUCGAGAAGUCCCGAGCCCUCCAGAUCCAAGUAGAAGCUGCGACUUUCGCAAAGAUGGAAGCUGACUUGGCCGCCGACCAAACCAGGCUGGUGCAGUGGGCCAAGGAGGAGCACAGCCGCAACGCCUCAGCAGCAGCGAUUGCUUUAAAUGCUGAACGCCGCCGUUAUGUGAAAGGCUUAGAGCAGGUCGCAAACUUCACUGAUGUCUGGCUCCGGGUUCGCACUUGCCCUGUGGCAUCGUGGGAGAUGGAGAUCGCAGAGUACCGCAAGAAACUGGGAGAGCAUGUGACGAUGGAUGCAACGAAGAGGUACAUGCUGCUGAUCCUCGACAUGACCCUCCCCCCGACCUUGAGUGAGAUUGAUGAAAUGAUCAAACGUGCUGCCUGUCUCCUGCAUGCAAGUGAAAACAAUGUCAUGUGGCUGAUCAUGCCCCAGCUGCAGAAGAAUCAAACAAUCUCGGCCUUGUUGACGGCCGAGCGCCGCAUCGUGGACAGACUCCUGAGUGCAGGCAUCAACAUCGAGAACCAGGUGUCCGUGCACUACCACGUGGAUGGCAUGCAUGCUGGUGACAAAAGGAAACUCAGCUGCCAGUCUUAUUUCGCUAUCUCAGGCAAAGUGAAUGGGGAAGCUUGGUUGGAGAGCGAGGUGACCCGCGGGAAAAUCGAGGGAGUGCCUCUUGUACGUGUCCGAGAAAUGCGGCGACUAGCCAUGCCUGGAGCUGUGAUGUCCGAUGAGUCCUCGUGGGUGUUGUCGCAGGCAGAGCGAAUGCUUCAGCGAGGGCCCCCUGCGGCGGCCACAAUCCUGGACCGUAUUGUUACGAACGCCCCGCCCAAGAACGCAAACACUUUGCUCACCGUUGUGGAGUUGAGAUUGAGCAAUGCCGAUUGGAUCCAGGGGUGCUGGCAGCUGACACAGGACUGGGCCAACAAGCCCGACAGGCCCAAGAUCAGCUACCUCGGACUUUCCAGGGAAGCCACGCCCGUGCCGAGCCACAUGACCUCGAUUUUGAUGGAGGAUUGGUGGCCGCAGCAGCCGGGGGGGGGGCCGAUUGAGAACACGUCGGUUCCUACAAGCCAGCCUCAGCUGGCCUUGGCCGCCAUCGGGUCUGAUGGCUUGCCCGUGUUGCCGCCGGUGGUGCUCGAAAAAUUUGAUCAGAAUGAAACCUACUCUGCUCAAUGGGCCAAGAUUGUUUCGGACUUCAGGGCCACCAUGACCAACGAGGUUGUGCCGAAGCUAAAUGUGAGGACCGCAGCCGUCCCCGAAGUUGCAAGUUCUGCUGCCACGGCCCCCGACUUCAGCAUCCCUCCGUUUCCCGUGCCGCCUCCGAGAGUGAUCUUCCCCACUACCCCGGCAGCUGACUUCAAACUGGACGAAGUGUUGUUCAUCGUCAAAGGCACCAGGACUUCGCCGGCUUUGCACAUCGACAAGAACUUUGACAUCUACUUGAGUGUGGAAAACACGCUCUCCUUCGGCCCAGGAGAACUGUGUGGCUUCAACGUCGGCGACCUGCAGAAGAGCACUUCGGAACCCGACCAAGCCACUACCAUCGCCUGGAACCUCGCUAGCGACAUUGAGAACAUUCUUAUUGAGGAUGGAGAAGGCAAUCGCAAGUUGUGGACUGUCGCCGACGCUCGUCACCACGCCUUCGCGGUGCUGCACAUCCCCGACAUCGGCCUUCAGAACUACGAGGUGUCCCCUUUAAAGGACAACGACGUGGAAGUCUUCAUGAGGAUCACCGAUGAACAGGUGGCCGAAGGCACGCUUAAGAGAGCAGUCGCAGUGACGAAUCUCUCGGAUUCAGAGCCGGAGUUGGGUAACGAGAAGAGCGAGAAGACGGAGACCAUGCCGAAAGCGCCGGCCCAGAUGGAGAGCAAGGCGAAAGCGAGUGCCAAGACGAAAGCACAGGCCAAGAAGGAAACCAAGCCGAAAGCGAGUGCCAAGACGAAAGCGAGUGCCAAGAAGAGGCCCGCCGCAGCCGACCCCGAGACCUCCGAGACCCCCACCUUCGUGGCCACAGAGACCGAGAAUGCCUAUUGCAAUGCCAACGAGGGCGACGGGGGCUUCAGAUUGAGACCGUACAAGCAAACGAAGGCAAUGGCCAUCCAGAGGACGACGGGGGAGAAGAACCAGGUGCUGCAG